UUAUUUUUUUGGCCUUGAGUUGCCAGUUUGAAAACUACCAUCGACCUUAACUUUAACAGCCCUCUCGACCGUCGACCGAACCGCAAAGGACAAGGCCACGAUAGAAAAACGGUUACUGGCUGCUAAUCGGUGCAUUAUUUGCACCAAAUAGCGGCCGCUGCACCACCAUUUCUAGGGAGAAAAAAAAACCUCAAACGGCGUAAUUGCUCCACACGCAUCUGCGCGGGCAAACGACUUUCUGCAAACGUCGAUUCGAUUUGGGAUGAUAACAAACCUUCUCUCUUCGUGUGCGCAGUGUGGGUUGGAGGGGAGGGGGGAAGGCGGUGCACAUUGUAACGAAAAGGAAAUCACAUCGAAGUAACCAAGAAAGUGGAACACUACACACCACCGUUAACGAAGAACACAACCAGCCGUACCGCUCCCCUAUAGCAAUAGUGGCUCUCCAUGGCCCAAUAGACGGUGGUCCCCUUCCCUUCUCGUUGCAGUUGAACGGUAGAGGAAGGGUUUAAAACACACACACACACACACGCACACAAACGCUCAUGUGUGCCGCAGUGGCCGUUUCACGAUGUGCAGCACGAAUCGGUACGAAUCGGUAAAUAAAAUCGAAAGUCAGCGAACUUCACUUGACCGGCUGAUCGGGCACGGGUUGAUUAGACACGGUAACGCUUCCUUCGGCCAAAGUGGAUCAGCUGUUUACUAGUUGGUUGCAUCGUGCCACAACACUGUGCAGUUGGGAAGGUGGAACAGUGGGUCCAAGUUGCAUCACCGUGUCCGUCGGGUUUGGUGCCUGCUGUCUGUGUUGAGAUCACCCGUUCCCGUACCUUUAGAAGCCAGUAGCGAUGGAGGAUUACAAAUUUCUGUUCAAAGUCGUCCUGGUGGGCAACGCGGGCGUCGGCAAAACGUGCCUGGUGCGAAGGUUCACCCAGGGGCUCUUCCCGCCCGGCCAGGGUGCCACGAUCGGGGUGGACUUUAUGAUCAAAACGGUCGAGGUGGACAAUCAGAAGAUUAAGCUACAGAUCUGGGACACGGCCGGCCAGGAGCGGUUUCGUUCGAUCACGCAAAGCUACUAUCGAUCCGCGUCCGCCCUCAUACUAGUGUACGACAUUAGCUGCCAGCCCACGUUCGACUGUCUGCCCGACUGGUUGCGCGAAAUACAGGAGCACGCAAAUUCGAAAGUGUUAAAAAUUCUCGUCGGCAACAAGACGGACCGGGACGAUCGGGAGAUCCCGCAGGAGGUCGGGGCCGAGUUUGCGAAACAGCACGGCAUGUACUUCCUCGAAACGUCCGCCAAGCAGGCGGACAAUGUGGAACGGCUGUUUUACGACAUUGCGGCAGUACUGAUUGAGCAAGCCCGCACGAAAGAGUUUACGCUGCGCAGUGAAACGAGCGUCCUGACGAAUCUCUCCCAAAAGACGAUCUACCAUCCGAGCUGCUGCAGCAUCGGCGAUCGGAACCACGCGCGCAGCAGUAGCACCAGCGACGCACACUACUCGGACAGCUCCGGGCCGGGCAGCAUCGGUAGCAAUAGUGGUAAUUUUAUCACGCAGCAGUAAGCACUUGCAGCGAACGGAAAAACAGCAAAGCAGCAAAAGCAAGCAAAGAUACCUUGAGAAGCCCAGGACAGGGGGAGGGGGGGGGGGAAACGAUUCUGCUCCCCUUUUUUGCUGUCCGGUGUGCAAUAUCCGUCGGGAAGCUGGAUGUGUGUGAGUGUGGGAAGGUUCGAAUCAGCACAGCACCCGCAUUGGGACUUAUUACAAGGGGGUUUCAAGGAGUUUUCAAAAUUUUAGGACAUGUUGUUGACUCUUUAUUACGGGACCGCAAUUGUGAAUGCAAUAGGAAUUUACAAUGUUCCUAUUUUAAAAGGGCCGUAAGCCUUUUUGGACAGGCACCCUGGACAUUCCUAUUGGAUUCACAAAUGUCACAUAAAGUUCACUUCCUAUAAGACAGUGUCUAAAAAGUGUUCCAAAAUGAUGAGAACCCCUUGAAAAACUCUGUAAGAAUACGCACAAACAGACAAACACAACCACUCUCUCUCACACACACACACACAAAAGACAUGAGAUUUUUCAAUGGUACCAAAAAAAAUUACCAAUAAAAGAAACCGUUUCGCGUGUGCUUCUAAGCUCAGCUAAGUGAAGCGACACCGACAACACAACCGUGGCUGGGAACUAAGGGGCUUUGCGCAAUGAAGGGAGCCGGAGGGUCGUUGAUAUAAGAUGUAAGGUUUUAGACUAUGUUCCUGUGUUAAUUUUAGCGAUAAAAUAAAUGAAUUUACAAAAAAAAAACGACAACAACGACACGAUGGCAUGCCAGUCCCAAACUGGGGCUGGUUUCUUUCCGCAAGCGUACAAAAGAACGUCAACUCACGCGGAUAGUAAGUACUAUUCUUAUAUCUUACAGUACAUGCUUGUUCCAUGCAACAACAGUAAUGAGCUAUAACAGUGCUACACUAACUAACUAACAGCGCUUGCGAGUACUAUUUCAUUUCACGUUAAAACAAAGUAAAUAGUGUAAGAGAGGGAUCGUUAUCCCCGUCG